AUGGAAAGUGACUGGGAAGACUUCGAACGGGACUAUUCUGAUGCAGAAGCCUCGGAUUCCACCGAGUUCACCAGCGACGACGACGAGGCCGACGACCGCGACUCCAAGAUCUUGGCAUCAUACCGCCGUCUGCUGUCACGGAGAGUGGAUCUGGUCGGCGACUACGCGGGAGACGAACUCUUUCUGAUCGAGGGCGACUCGCUGCUGUUGCGCUGCUUUGACGACGACAAGCUCGACUUCACCACCGGACUGCAGAUCCUCCACGCCGCUUACAAUGUCGAGCACUUCCUUCACCACCUGGCACAGCGAAAGUGCCAUUUCAACCUCAUCUUCUUCGACGGCAACAGAGAGCUCUGUGUGCCAGCGUUGGCCGACCAAAAGAAUGCCAAUAAGUAUUUCCUGGCUCGCGCUGCGAUUGUUCGCCACCUGCAGGCCAACCUCGCCAAGUCACACCCAGACAUCACCGUCCACACCUUCACCACCCACGACUCGCCAGAGUUCGUCACAUACCUCGAGAAGACCUCACCAUACUUCCUCAUGGCGCACGACGGCGCUCGUGCGGUAGCUCGGCAGUCGAAGUUCCUCCACGGAGAAGACGACGAUGCCAAGGCAGAGCCGACCAAGCAGCGGGUAGCACUGCGAGAAAUGGUGCUGUCAUUCGUCCAGCGCGGAUUCAACGUCGCUCUGGUCAACGGCCUCGAGUGGCGAGAUACAAAGGUGAUGACCAUGGUUCUGGAGACUCGAAAGAGGGGCGAGAUGAUCCAGCUCCCCGAGAAGGACAGCAAGUCAGCCGCGAAGCUCCCACAGCAAGACAUCACCGCGAAGUUGGACAAACUUGGAGGCUCAAAGUCAGACCUCACUGCCAGAGAGCUUGUAUUGGCCAUUGCCGCGAGCAUCUUGCUCAAGGAUUCGGACUCAGAAGGCACUGGUCGGCUAGUAGCUGCACUGCUUCUGCAUGCGGCACUCUUGACACAUCUCCCUCUUGCGUCGAGAAGAUUGGAUGUGCUCACUGAGGUUGCAGGUGCGCAACGCUUCCUCGAGACUGUCGCUUCCAUCAUCGAAGCUGUCUUGAACAGCGCAUCCUGGCCCGGUACGAGCGACAAGUGCGACCUCAUGGAUGUCCUCGAUGGUCGUCUGUUCCUCAACAUUGCAGUUUCGAAGCCAAAGAUUACUGCUCCAGUCAAGGCAACUUUCGACAAGCUCUUGCAAGCGGUGAUAUCGCUGUCUGGGACAGCCGGGCUUGAGGAGCCACCUGCGAAUGUCUCUGACAAAGCAACACCACAAGUAGCCUCCGAAGAGACCGAGCCUGGAGAUCUGUCGGUCUUGCCUUUCUCCAACAAGGUGUUUGACAAGCAUCUCGAGUCUGUCCGCAUCCGCGUAGACGCUGCUGCGAGUGGCGAGCGCAGUCUGGCUUCACGCAAGGUCUUUCAGGAAGUCUCACACUGGCACAACUACAAGAGACCAGUGGGUCACCGUGGGCCCAUCGCACCUGCUGACACAAAGGCUGCUUUCUGGGCGGCCAAGCGCAACCAGCUGUUCAUGGCAGAAAUGCGUACCUACGCCGCCAGCUUGACCAACGCUGUCGGUAAGAGCUUGGAACCGGAGACCAUCAUUGUCGGCGUACCACGCCAGGCCACGAAGAUCAAAUCGGGUACUGACUCACCCGCCGAGUCUGAUCUCUCUGAUAGUGGCGCUUCUUCCACCCAGAGUAAAGGCAAGCCAGCCCCCAAGAAGGGUGGUGGUGGCAAGACUGCGCAGAAGAAUGCUGGCAAGCAGGCCAUGCUAAACCAGAUUGCUGCUGCCAAAGCGAAGAAGGACGAGAGUGCUGGCGACAAGAUUGCCAGCUCUUGGGCUGUUGUCUGCAAGGGCUUCGAAGCGGACCGAGACCCUCGAUCGCGGUACCGAAAGGCCAAGGAGUACUUGACACACCUUCAGCCGUCGUGGAGAGACACCAUCGGCCCUGAGUGCGAGCUCUACAUGCUGAGCUGCCUUUUGCAUUACUGGAUCGCUGCAUGCAAGCGCAAAGAGCAGGAAUUCCGCAUCCAGGUUGCCGCUUUGAUUUGGAGCCAUGCCCGCAGCAUCGCUCAACGUGGCCCACUGCCGAAGACUAUCAUCAAAUAUCUCGAACUUACCGUCAAGACUUUGGGAUUGCCACCACUUCCUCAGACCCAAGAAGCGUCCACGGACCGAAAGCUCGCGUUCACUUUCGCUCUGCCGACCCAGGCCGAUUCGCUUGAUGUUAAGCUACCACCCAAGGAGUUCCAGCUCCUCCAAUGCGGCCCGUACUUGGAGCGGAGUUUCGACUCCAAGCCAGACCCGAGAGUUGAUUUCCAGCCAGAUGGUUGGCAACGCAAGGUACUUGACACCAUUGACGCUGAUCAGAGUGUCUUUGUUGUCGCACCGACAUCUGCUGGUAAGACGUUCAUUUCGUUCUACGCCAUGCGCAAGGUCUUGGAGGCAGACGACGAUGGUGUUCUCAUCUACGUUGCACCAACCAAGGCUCUGGUCAAUCAGAUUGCUGCUGAAGUCCAGGCCCGAUACUCGAAGAAGUUCAAGUACGGUGGCAAGUCAGUCUGGGCUAUCCAUACGAGAGACUACCGCAUCAACAACCCCACGGGAUGUCAGGUCUUGGUGACGGUGCCUCACGUGUUGCAGAUUAUGUUGCUCGCUCCAUCGAAUGCCAACUCGUGGUCCAGCAGAGUGAAGCGCAUCAUCUUCGACGAAAUCCAUUCCAUUGGUCAAGCCGAGGAUGGUGUUGUGUGGGAGCAGCUUCUUCUGAUGGCACCAUGUCCUAUCAUCGCACUGUCAGCUACGGUCGGCAACCCAGACGAGUUCAGUGGAUGGCUCGGUACCACGCAAGAGGCCAUUGGAAAGGAGUUGGUGACCGUCCAUCAUCCAUUCCGGUACUCUGACCUUCGAAAGUACUUCUACGUUCCGCCGAAGCAGUUCACAUUCACUGGUAUCCCGGCCAAAUCCGCUUUCGGUUCUCUUGGUCUGGAAGGUUUGCCUGGAUUCAACUUUGUUCAUCCAGUGGCUGGCCUUGUCGAUAAAUCUCGCGGAAUUCCUGAGGAUCUGGCCCUCGAGCCUAGAGACUGCUACUUCUUGUGGCAAGCAAUGGUGAAAGUUCAGACGCCCGACUUUAGCAUACCAGCCAAGCUUGACCCAGCAAAGGCCCUGCCAGAGGUCUCUCGCAAGGUGGACAUCCUCAAGUGGGAGAAGGACUUGAAGGAAGUACUUCGUACUUGGUUAGCCGACGCUUCUUCGCCUUACGACAAGCUUGUCAAGGAGCUUGAGCAGAGCUUCCGUGAUGAGGAGCGCGAGGAGCUCUACACGACAUCCGCUCAAGUGCAGUCUUCGCGACAAGCAGUGUUGCCAAUCGAGGAGCUUAACAAGACCACAUUGCCAAUGCUCUGUCGCUUGCACGAGCAAGAUGCACUUCCCGCGAUUCUCUUCAACUACGAUCGUCACCAGUGCGAGAAGAUCUGCAAGGCAGUUGUUGAGCAGCUGGAGUCCGCUGAGUUGAAGCAGCGCAAGACCGGUCCUAAGUGGGCGAAGACUCUGGAAGCCUGGGAGCAAUGGAAGAAGCUCAAGGCGAAGCAAGCUUCCUCGAAAGCAAGCAAGGCAAAAGCCACCAAGAAGAGCAAAGACGACGAUGACGAUGACAAGACUUCGAAACUUGACAACCAGCGUGAUGAGGCUGGCGGUGAAGAGACUAAGUGGGAAUCGUUCGAUCCGGAGGCACCUCAAGAAGGCUACCACUUCGCCGACCACACCAAGGUGCAGACUUCCGAACUGGAGAUCUACAUUCGUCAGCUUCGUCGUCGUGAUGUCCCGCAGUGGCUCAUCAGCUCCCUCACACGAGGCAUUGGCGUCCAUCAUGCUGGUAUGAACAGAAAGUACCGACAGGUGGUGGAAAUCCUCUUCCGCAAGGGUUUCUUGAGAGUCAUCGUCGCGACUGGAACUCUUGCUCUCGGUAUCAACAUGCCUUGCAAGACUGUCGUAUUCUCUGGAGACAGCGUCUUCUUGACUGCUCUCAACUACCGACAGUGCGCUGGUCGUGCUGGUCGUCGUGGCUUCGAUUUGCUAGGAAAUGUCGUUUUCCAAGGUGUCUCGCGCCAGAAGGUAUGCAGACUCCUCAGCUCCAGACUGCCUGAUCUGAACGGUCAUUUCCCCAUCACGACGACUCUGGUCCUUCGACUGUUCACUCUUCUGCAUGAGUCAGACGGUGCGAAGUACGCUGUCAGCGCAAUCAACGCCCUGCUCUCACAACCACGCCUCUACAUGGGCGGACCCUCCUUCAAGGACCAGACGAUGCAUCAUCUUCGUUUCUCGAUCGAGUACUUGCGUCGUCAGCAUCUUCUGGGGUCUGAUGGUGCACCACUCAACUUCGCCGGUCUCGUCAGUCAUCUGUACUUCACAGAGAAUUCAUCUUUCGCCUUCCACUCUCUGUUGAAGGAGGGCUAUUUCCACGAGCUGUGUGCGGGCAUCGCCACAAACGAGAAGGACACGCUCGAGACACUGAUGCUCAUCAUGUCGCAUCUUUUCAACCGUGCGGAGUGCCGUCAAGCGGACGCUGAGUACCGUGAGAAGGUGGUGAAGCCUUCAUCAUCGAUCGUAUUCUUGCCGCCUAUGCCAAGCAAGGCAUCGAAGAUUCUCAUGGACCACAACAAGCAGACCUUGAAGGUCUUCCGUGCAUACGUCGAGACUUUCGUGCAGCAGCACAUCAGUACCGAAGAUAGCAAGCUUCCACUAUCUGGCCUCGAGGUCGGCGCAGAAGAGACUGGAGCUGGCAUUCCGACUCUGCCACCCACUCACAUUCGUUCAUCGUUUGUGGCGCUUUCCGGAGCAGGAGACUCUUUCGAUAGCCUCCACGACCUCUGCCAGACCACCCGCGACGGUGUCUUCCUCGAAGAAGCCGUCAUUCCUCACAUGGACGUCUACCCCGAAGAGAUGGAAGUUCCGCUCAACGCCUAUCUGCUCGACUUCUUCAAGCACGGCGACGUCCUCACCAUCGAACGCGCCAACGGCAUCCGCCGCGCUGACAUCUGGUUCCUCCUCAACGACUUCUCGCUCGUCCUCGCCACCAUCAUCACGAGUCUCAUGAACUUUAUGAAAUUGUCGGAAGGCAGCGACAUGGACAUGCUCGACAUCAUGGGCCGAAUGGACACCCACGAAGAAGAAGAAGACGACAAAGUCGCCGCAGUCGAAGACCAAGCCAGCGAGAUCUCCGCGCCCAGCGCCGCCGACUCCGGCGUCGCCCUCCCCGAGCGCGCGAAGCCCAAGGAAGCGCCCACGAAGAAACAGGCCAAGAACGCGGAUAGCUGGGAGGAUCUCGCGGGCGAUGAAGAAGCGGAGGAGGAAGCGGACGAAGCGACGAAGAAGCAGAUCGCCGCGGAGGAGGCGGAGGAGUUGUUGGGUAAUGGUGCGAGUUGGGAGGGCGAGGGGGGCGAGGGGUUGAAGAAUGUGCUCAAGGCGUUUCAGACGUUGCAUGCGCAGUUUAAUGUUAAGUUUAGGGCUAUGUGGGCUUAA